UGCAAGCUGACUCGUUCAAAGCAAGCUACCGUAGCUCCACUUGGCCUGAGGUGGUUGACAUGAGGAGCAAACGGCGCUUGGUUGCAAGCAAAGCAUGUCCCCACAGCCAAAGAAGAGAAAAGAGGAAGAAGUGAGUCACUCACUUCGAAGCCGUGGCACACGUGGGUCAGGGAAAGAGAAAAGAACGGGUGAGACUGGCAGCAAGGGGAGAAGCUCAUCCAACAGGAAGAAGGGCAAGAAGGGGAACGUGCUCGACGAAACAUCUCGUGGGCAUGGAAAGACAGGACAAGCGUCCAGGCAAGAAGACAGUCCUGUUGCUGGUUCAGACGUCACAUCGAGGGCUCCUGACUUGGGCCCGCGCCUAGUUGCAUCUCAGAAUGCGGAAACAGGAGUAUGUGGAGAAGAACCAGACAAUUUAGUCCAUGUCAGCGACUGCAUCCCGGGCGCCGAAGCAAUUGAGCAUUGUGCGCUAAAAAUGUUGAGUGAGCGGGCAGCCACAUCGUCAAUCUGUCCGUCUGAGGUAGCUCGGGCACUCGGCGGGGUCGGAUGGAGGGACAUCAUGGAGCAGGUUAGAGACGUUGGUCGGAGCCUGGCCAAGGCGGGCCAGCUCAGGAUCACGCAGGGCUCUAACACCCUGGAUCCAGACGCCGCAUUCAGAGGGCCUAUCCGCUUCCGGCGGCCGUGAAGCAAGGCAACUGCCUUGCAAUUUUGCUGUCCUGACACUGGGUUGAUUUGUUACUCCAAAAAGCAAGGCCGCAUGGUGCAGCCGGCUUUAAUUGACAGAGGGAGUACCAGUGGGACGUUGACAGUUUUCUAUGUGUUGAAGUGGUCGCAAUCAUGAUUGACAAACGAGGUUGCUACAUUCGCGGGUUCUAUCUUGGAAACGAGCGAAACUGGUUGGAUUGCUGUGCAAGCGGCACGUCAUCCAAAGGGACACUUUAUCAUUGCCAAAUUUAAAACAACGAGCAGUAAUUUGUUGAGCGAUGGCCAACCAUG